GUUUCUAGGAUUCACUUUCGGAACUGCCUUAGCGGUGAAAGAUUAUUUCUUUGGCACCAAUCGUGCUGCCUCUCACUCAACGGAGCUCACCGCGUUCAUACUCAAAGUCGAUGAGAUCACCCUCCUCACCAUCAACACCUCUUCAAGUUCCUCUAAUUACCGUUCG